AUGACCGUCGACCAAGUGGGCAUUGCAAACUUGCCAAACCAAAGAUUCAAAAUCGUCUCCAAGGAAGGCGCCACCUUCACGCUCAUGGUGGCUGGGGAAUCCGGGCUCGGAAAGUCCACCUUUGUCAACACGCUCUUCCAGUCCACGCUCAAAACGCCUGUGGACAACAAGGCCAGAUACAAGAGGGGUAUCCACGCGACGGUGGAGAUCGAGGUGACCCGCGCGGAGCUCGAAGAACGCAAUUUCAAGAUUAGAUUGAACAUCAUCGACACCCCCGGGUUCGGUGACAACGUUAACAACAAGGACUCGUGGCAGCCAAUUGUCGAUUUCAUCGACGACCAGCACGACUCUAUGAUGAAACAGGAGCAGCAGCCGGCCAGAGGCGACAAAAAGGACUUGCGCGUGCACGCUUGUCUCUACUUCAUCAGACCUACCGGCCACUCGCUUAAACCGCUCGACAUCGAGGUGAUGAAAAAGUUGGGCACCAGAUGCAAUUUGAUUCCGAUUAUCGCUAAGGCCGAUACCUUGGCCCAGAAGGAGAUGAACGAGUUCAAAAGCCGCAUCAGACAAGUGAUUGAAGCUCAGGACAUCCGCAUCUACACCCCGCCAAUCGAGCUCGACGACCAGGCCUCAUCCGACCACGCUAAGUCGUUGAUUGAGAGCAUGCCGUUCAGCGUCAUUGGCUCAGGCGAAGAUGAGAUCGAAGUCGCACCAGGCCAGUUUGUGAAAGGAAGACAGUACCCGUGGGGAAUUGCGGAGGUGGAGAACGAGGACCAUUGCGACUUCAAGAAGUUGCGUUCGUUGUUGUUGAGGACAAACAUGUUGGAUCUCAUCUUGUCUACGCAGGAGUUGCACUACGAGAGCUACAGAACGUUGAAGUUGGAGUCAGCGGAGACCGGCUCCAAGAGAAGCAGAAGAUUGCACAACCCAAAAUUCAAGGAGGAAGAGGAGGCGUUAAAAAAGUACUUUACGGAGCAGGUCAAGGCUGAGGAACUGAGAUUCAAGCAAUGGGAGCAGAACAUUGUGACCGAGAGACACCGGUUAAACAAGGAUUUGGAAGAGGUCCAGGCGACGAUCAAGGAUUUGGAGGAGCAGGUGAAGAGAAUCCAGUUAGGAAAGAAAUAGAUGGGGUAACUGAAGAAGUCUGACGGUAACUGAAGGCAUCCCUCGAUGGUAAUCGAAGGUCUAAUUUUAUCUUUACCAUGGCUAUUCCUUUUUCUUGAUCAUUCCGAAAAUUUAGACCUUCCUUUCCCUUUGUAUUUUUUUUUCUCGCCACUUACUUUAUUUCCACCCUUUCUUCCCUCUUUAUGUUCUUAUUUUAUCUGAGACCAAACUGUGUUUAUUGGUGUUUUUAUCUUUGUUUUCAGUCUAUCAUUAUUUGUGUCCUAAGUGUAGAAGAAUUACUCCCUCUACCCGGAUGAUAGUCAGAAAUUUCAAGGCAUUCUAUGCUGUACCAUAGUCGGUCGUUCAUCGAAGGUAAUAGCCCCGAAAGUUUCUUCAGAAAGGGACAUUAAUCCUGGGUUCAUGUAGACAUAGUUCAGUAUAACGUGGUAUUCAUCCG